CAUAUCUAAAAACCCUUUAACCUUCUUCACUCUAUCUUCUCAUGGAAGUCCAAAAGAUUUUCUGAAUAAUAUUUGAGGAGAAAAAAGAAAGAAAGAAAGAAAGAAAUGGCAACCCUUCAAGCUGAAGCAUUCAGAAAUAAUAUGCAUCUCUCAGCUUACCUUCAUUCUCUUUCACAAACUCCGAGUAGGCUUAAGAAGAGAUUGUUGGCAACCUGGACACCAGACCAAGAGCUGAAUAAGGUGAGACUUAGGUCUGGUGCUGACAUGAAGAGGAAACUCAGUUGGUAUGAUUUGGUAGCCCUUGGAGUUGGAGGAAUGCUUGGUGUAGGAGUUUUUGUCACUACUGGUCCUGUUGCUAGACAAACUUCUGGCCCUUCUGUCUUUAUUUCAUACAUAAUUGCUGGAAUCUCAGCCCUUCUCUCUUCUUUGUGUUAUACUGAGUUUUCCAUUGAAGUUCCGGUAGCCGGUGGCGCCUUUAGUUAUCUCAGAGUCACUUUUGGAGAAUUUGUGGGUUAUUUUGCUGGAGCUAACAUACUAAUGGAGUAUGUACUUUCGAAUGCUGCUGUUGCGAGAAGCUUCACUGAGUAUUUGUGUUGUACUUUUGGUGGGAACGACCCAAAUUCAUGGAGAGUUGAAGUUAAUGGAUUAGUGAAGGGUUAUAACAUGUUGGACUUUCCUGCAGUGGCUUUGAUUGCUGUUCUAACUCUUUUCUUGUGCCAUAGCACCAAAGAAAGCUCCAUGCUGAACCUAGUGAUGACAGUAUUCCAUGUUGCUUUCUUCGGGUUUAUCAUUUUUGCUGGAUUCUGGAAAGGAACCACUGAAAAUUUGGUAAAACCUGGAGGCCUAACACCCUUUGGUUUCAAAGGAGUCGUUGAUGGUGCCGCCAUUGUCUAUUUCAGCUAUAUUGGGUAUGAUUCAGUUUCAACCAUGGCAGAAGAAAUCAAGAAUCCUUCAAAGAACCUCCCUCUUGGAAUUGUUGGCUCGGUUGUUAUAGUUUCCACAAUCUAUUGUCUCAUGGCCGUAUCUUUGUGUUUGUUGGUUCCAUACAAUCAGAUUCCAGAUGGUGCAUCAUUUUCGGUUGUUUUUCGAAACAUUGGUUGGAGAUGGGCAAGCAAUGUAGUGGGAGCUGGUGCAAGUUUGGGAAUUGUAGCUUCUCUCCUUGUUGCAAUGCUUGGACAAGCAAGAUACCUUUGUGUUAUUGGAAGGGCUAGGCUUGUGCCCUCUUGGUUAGCUAAAGUACAUCCUUCUACUGGUACCCCUUUGAAUGCUACCAUUUUCUUGGGGAUUUGCCAGGCAUCAAUAGCACUUUUCACAGAACUGGAAAUCGUGAUCGAAAUCAUCUCCAUAGGGACCCUUCUGGUGUUCUACCUAGUGGCCAAUGCUCUGAUCUACCGCAGAUGCGUAAUCAUCAACAACAACCCUCCAUUCAAGACUCUUGCCUACCUCUUCUUCCUCACCUGUAUCUCUAUUGGAUUCUCCAUUUCAUGGAAACUCAGACGACAAUGGUGGGGACUACCAUUAUUUGGUGGGCUGAUGAUCAUCAUCACCGCCUUUUUCCAGUUUUAUAUCAUGGCCCCGGCAUGCCAUCAACAUCAUCCUCCCGGUGAAUCUCGCAGUUGGUCUGUGCCCUUCAUGCCUUGGCCGGCUGCAGUAUCCGUCUUCCUCAACGUUUUUCUCAUGGCCACGUUGAAGAAGCUUUCCUACAUUCGGUUUGGCGUUUGGGCAUGUUUUAUCACUCUGUUCUAUGUGUUGUAUGGUGUUCACUCCACAUAUCAGGCAGAAGAUGUGGAAGAAUGCUCUGAGACUUUAGGCGGUGCCGAAGGCACAAACACUUCCGCUACUACAGCUCAGCAAACAAAGCUGGAUAUCCAAGUUCUACAAUGACAGGAACCACCUUUUGUUUGUUUUUCAUUCUUGCCUAACAUUAAAACUUGGUAGCAGCUAUAGCCUCUAGCGAGCAUUUCCCGCCGAACCAUGCUGUUAGAUUCUUACCAAUUGUUAAUAUACUUCUAGGCAGUUUUGCCCUUACAUUUGUGAUUUUCCGCAGAACUUCCUGAUAUCCAUUAGAUUCUGAUCUUGCCUUAUUUAUUACAAUAGCUCCUCAUCCUAUCAUGACCAAAAACAUUCAUAACAGAAAAUACAUGAACAAUGACCAGGAAGAUCUGUUCGCAGCGACCUCGGAUAGUGCAGUAUAUAACAUACACAGAAAUGUGCCAAUAGAAAUGAUUGGCAGGUUCACAAUUGAUAACAAAUACAGGAUGACGGUUUCUUUGGAAGAAGAUGCCAAAAUUUGCAGAUGAAACGGCUAACUUACAAGUUAAAUGUUUACUGCAUAUCUUCAAG